AUCUCUCAUCCAAAAGCACAACACCAAGAAGCAAACGAAAUGAGUCCCAGCAUCAUCACAGAGGCCAACCAGCCUCUCCCUGCCAGGUCCACCGUGGCCCAGAGAAAACACGCCAACGAACUGAGAAAGACUCUGAAACCCUUGCUAGAGAAGAAAAGACGUGCUCGUAUCAAUGACAGUCUCAGUCAUCUGAAGAGCCUCAUUCUGCCUCUUGUUGGCAAAGACAACGCACGCUACUCCAAACUGGAGAAAGCUGAUAUUCUGGAAAUGACAGUCCGGUUCCUCAGAGAUCUUCCUGCCUCUCCAGUCAAAGAUUCCGCAGACAGUUACAGAGAAGGCUACAAAGCUUGCCUCCAGCGCGUCUCCGCUCUGCUUCCCAAAACGAGCCUGGAUCAAGACGCGUGCCAGCGGGUAAACGACUUCGUUCAGCAGUCCAUGUCCGCCACCGUCACUCCAACCUGCCUAAACUGUUGCGCUCAGAGCUCCAGGAGCCUCCCUCAGAUCCAACAGAGACUCCUGAGCCUCAAAUCCAGCUUCAGCUCCAGACUGGAGAGUCAGUCCCGCAGCAGCAGCAGCAGCAGCAGCGGCAACAACAGCGCAGUGGCUCCCAGCCGCGCACAGCCAGGUCCGCAGCCUGUCAGCGCUGCCAUGUGGAGACCUUGGUAGACUAGAUGGACAUUUAAUUUCUCAUGUGUGUUAUUUAUUUUGUGAUUUACUACAUGUAUUACAAUAACGUCACUGUAGUCUUGGUGACAUAAGAAGAAGAAUUGUUUGAGUUGCUGUAUGAUAAUGGAAUUCAGCAUUUGGCUCAUUUUGCGUUUAAUGCCAGAGGGCACACGAGCACAGAUCUUAAAGAAACGGUAAAGUCUAUGAACUUUUUUAAGACGCAAUCCUCUUUGGGGUUUCAAAGAUACGGGUUGUAGACAACACUUUUGUAAAACCCCAAGGGUUAUUUUAUUUGAGGUUUGCACGAUGGACUUAAAAGUAUUUUGGUCUGUGCAACAUAAUAGUCUGUAAACACUAUGUGUUAAAUAGGAUUUUUUAUUAUACAUUGAUGGCAUAGAAGAGGAAAACAAACUGUUUUGUGAAACAAAUGUUCUGUCACUGACAACUGAUUUUCAAUAAAUGUUCACUC